AAUCAUCAAUUCAUCAUUCAUAUAUCCUUCCCUUAUACACCAUAUAUAUCACCAAACCUUACCAACUAAGAUCACCACUCAGAUCUAAAAAUAAAUAAAAAAAUCACGCGUUGUUCAGUAUUAUUAUUGAAUAUGGGGAGAGGGAAAGUGCAGCUGAAGAAGAUAGAAAACAAGGUCAAUCGACAAGUAACUUUCUCUAAGAGAAGAAAUGGACUUGUGAAGAAAGCUCACGAAAUCUCAGUUUUAUGCGACGCUGAUGUUGCUCUCAUUGUUUUCUCUAACCGUGGAAAACUCUCUGAAUAUUCCUCUGAUACCUCUAUGGAGAAUCCGUCAAAGAAAAGCAUGGAGAAAAUCCUCGAGAAGUAUGAGCGCUAUUGUUAUGCAGAGAAACGGCUAACUCUCAAUAAUGAUCCAGACUCACAGGAUAACUGGAUGUUAGACUACGCUUACUUGAAGUCGAAAGCUGAACUUCUACAAAGGAACCACAGGCACUACUUGGGACAAGAGUUGAGCUCACUCAAUUCAAAAGAAAUCCAAGGUUUAGAGCUACAACUUGAUACUUCUCUAAAAUCUAUUCGAACAAGGAAGAACCAACUUAUACAGGAUUCCAUCGCUGAACUCCAAAAGAAGGAGAAAGCAAUGUUGGAGCAACAAAAUAUGCUGGAAAAGAAGAUAAAGGAGAAAGGAAAAAAUAUAGCGCAAGUGCAACAAACGCAGUUACAGCAGUUGCCGCCAUUGCCGCAUGAUCAUGAAGCUGGUUCUUCUGAUACAUCAAGUUUCCUACUCCAAUCUCCACCCCUUGCUCCUCAUUUUUAUAACAUGGGUGGUGAAUACCAAGGAGAAGUUGAUGGAGAAGAAGGGAGGAAUUAUCUUUAUCCAACACUACAAUCAAUAUACCCUUCUUUCAUGGGAUUCUUCUCAAAUUGAUCUCAAAGAUUAAUCAAGUCAAGCUUAUUAUUUUAAUUAAGCUACUUAUUUAUGAAGAAUUAAAUAAAUUAAGGUCAGUUAGAGUUGUAUUUUUUUUUUGGUGCGAAUGAGCCACUAGUACUAGUUAGAGUUGUAUCACAGUUAGUUGUGUUGUAUGGCUUUGCAAACUCUUUAUGCAAAUGUUUUCGGUUCAUAACUAAUUAAUUAAGCUUGUUGAAUGGAACA